UUUGUUACUAAGAAUUUUAUUUUUGGGCAGUCCAAAAAAGAGGCCACGUUUGUCUUGAAAGUUGAAUUUUUCUUUUUCUUUCCCUCCCAAAAAACAAUUUCAAACCUGUUCUUUGAUUAUUCCAUGAAAAUAUAUUGUGUAUUAGUAGUAGUCGUAAAACGAUGAUCAAUGAUUCAUAUCUGGGAAAAUCUGUUUGCACAAAGUAACACCCUUUUGUUCCAACCAGAUUCUGAAAAGAAAAAAAAAAAAAAGAAGGUUGACUUAGAGAAAUCACAAAAGGCUGUUUGCUAGCUUGUUAUGGGUGAUCGAACAUAAAUUAAGCAGAAAACACAAGUACUUGCGGAAAAGGUUUACACAGACAGAGAGAGAUAGAGAGAGAGAGCGAAGAAAAUGGCCGACAACAAAAUUUAGAAUUGAGAUGGGACUAGUACAGUGAGGGAGCAUAUGGACCACGGAAGCUCUAACCAUUUUCUAUGAGAUUUCCUGUCGACGAAAAUCUACCGCUAUAUAUACAUGCUACGUUUGCUAUAGACCUCUUCACUUCAAGGAAACCAAUAAUCAUCUUCAACAUUUGAAAACCAAAAACUUCUGUACUCUCUCCCUCUCUCUCUCUCUCUCUCUCUCUCAUUCUCUUUCAACAUUGCUUUCUGGCAAUUUCUCUUUCUAUCAUCUUUCGGUUAGAGCUUAAUAAAAGUUCCAAAAAAAUAAAAAAUAAAAUCGAAAAUGAAGUUGUUGUCUAGAAAAGCUACAUGCAAUUCUCACGGCCAAGAUUCUUCGUACUUCUCCGGAUGGGAGGAGUAUGAGAAAAAUCCCUUCCAUGAGAUUCGGAAUCCAAAAGGGAUUAUCCAAAUGGGUCUUGCAGAGAAUCAGCUUUCUUUCGAUUUUCUCGAGUCCUGGCUCUCUAAAAAUCCUGACGCGGCUGGGUUUAAGAGAGAUGGAGAGUCCAUUUUCAGAGAACUCGCUUUAUUCCAAGACUAUCACGGUCUUCCAGCAUUCAAGAAAGCAUUUGUAGAAUACAUGGCGGAGAUCAGAGGAAACAAAGUCAGCUUCAAUCCCAGCCAUUUAGUCCUCACCGCCGGUGCAACUUCUGCUAACGAGACUCUCAUGUUCUGUCUCGCCGAACCCGGCGAAGCCUUUCUUCUUCCAACUCCAUACUAUCCUGGAUUCGACAGAGAUCUUAAAUGGCGAACCGGGGUUGAAAUUGUACCGAUACAGUGUACUAGCUCGGAUGGCUUCCAAAUUACUGAAGCUGCUCUAGUAGCAGCCUACCAAGAUGCCCAAAAUCGUAAUUUAAGGGUUAAAGGCGUCUUGGUGACUAACCCAUCUAAUCCAUUGGGUACGACAAUGACUCGAAAUGAAUUGAAUCUUCUCAUAAGCUUUAUUGAAUCCAAAGGAAUCCAUCUCAUAAGCGACGAGAUUUAUGCAGGGACAGUUUUUAGCUCCCCUUCCGACUUCGUAAGCGUCAUGGAAAUUCUCAAAGCUAGAAACUGUGAGAAUGUUUGGAAACGAGUUCAUCUUGUCAGUAGUCUUUCCAAGGAUCUUGGUCUUCCCGGUUUCCGAGUCGGCGCUAUUUACUCCAACGAUGACAUUGUUGUAGCCGCUGCCACCAAAAUGUCGAGCUUCGGGUUGGUUUCUUCACAAACUCAAUAUCUUCUCUCCGCCAUGCUCUCCGAUAAGAAGUUUACGAACAAGUACAUUUCCGAGAACCAAAAAAGGCUUCGACAACGGCAUAAAAUGCUCGUCUCCGGUCUCGAAAAGGCAGAGAUUAAGUGCCUCAAGAGCAACGCCGGUUUGUUCUGUUGGGUGGACAUGAGGCACUUAUUGAGGUCCAACACAUUCGAAUCCGAAAUGGAGCUGUGGAAAAGGAUCGUUUACGAUGUCAAGCUUAAUAUCUCUCCCGGAUCGUCUUGUCAUUGCACAGAACCGGGAUGGUUUCGAGUAUGCUUUGCUAACAUGUCCGAGGAAACUCUUGAACUAGCAAUGCAAAGAUUGAGAGCUUUCGUUACAGAGUAUUCAACAGUCCUCGGCCAAAGCCGAAGCAAUGGUCACAGCCAAUCUCGCAAGAACUCAAGAAGAAGAUCACUCACCAAGUGGGUUUUCCGGCUAUCGUUCGACGAUUGCAACCGCCAACCCGAUGAACGAUAGUUUGGCCAGUGCUCAACACAUUCCCCACUUGAAACCUUUUUUUUUUUCCUUCUUUUUUUGCCAAGAUUUUAUUGGUUUAGUUAAUUCCAAAUAUAUAUAUUUUUUGAAAAAAAAAUUAGAUUCCAAAAUUGUAGAAAAAAGGAGUGCACUCGGUCCUUAUGGAUAUUAGAAGUGGCUUUUAGUUUCAUUAGUAAGUACAAGUUUGAUGAGUUAUUAUUGUUAUCCCCCAUGUAUGAGAUAAUCUUUGUAUUAUGUCAUCCAAGAAAAUGUGAUUAAU